UGGACUUUCUCGCGGCCUCAUCCACUCAGAUGACGGGCUGGGCGAUCAAUUUGCCAUCCAAAGUCGCUUCUAUAAAAGUUUCUCCCAAUUCGCCAGCCAAUACGUUGCCGCGAGUAGGAACCCAGGUGACGACGACUGUGAUUUGGGCCGCAUUCGAGACAAGCUUGGGGGCCAGCCAUGAUGUUUCCGUGCAGCGCUGUGCCACAUCCUCUGUACCCGGACCUGCUGCGUCCACCCGCCGCCCUGACCUCCCCUUUGCCUCGGUCACCGCCCUCGGGCUACCGCGUGGAAGAUCUCCUCCGAAUCAGCCAACCGGCGUAUAGCUACAUCCAGCGGACGUUCUCGGCCGCAAACCCCGGGGACGUCCUCUCGCCGAGUCCGGGGCAGGGUGCCUCACCCCGGGCGUUGGGACCGAGCGCCGCCCGCUCUGUCUUUCAGUGCACCGGGCAGCCGAACCACAGCGGCGGCCCCGCACCGUCCGCGUGUCCGACUUCCAACUGUCUCAAGUUCGGCGUCAGUGCCAUACUGGCACCGUCAACCAGGAGUGGUUGCUCUUCUCCUCCAGUCCACAGUUUGCAGACAAAAUCCUUCCCGCUACCAUUCUUGGAUACAAGUCUUCAUCCUUUCAUCAGGGCUUCGUAUUUCACAGCUUCCUCCUCCUCUGUGGUCCCCGUCCCAGGAACGUUUUCUUGGCCCCUGAUCCCCAGAGGGAAGCCUCGAAGGGGCAUGCUGCGACGAGCCGUCUUCUCAGACCUCCAGAGAAAGGCCCUGGAGAGAACUUUCCAGAAGCAGAAAUACAUCAGCAAACCAGACAGGAAGAAAUUGGCCAGUAAACUGGGACUCAAAGACUCACAGGUGAAGAUCUGGUUUCAGAACCGGAGGAUGAAAUGGAGGAACUCAAAAGAAAGGGAGCUCCUGUCGACGGGGGGUUGCCGUCAGCAGACCCUUCCCACCAAAACCAACCCUCACCCAGACCUCACAGAUGUGGGCAGCACCUACUGCCAUAGCGGGCUGGAGAGGACUGCGGCUACUAGUCCGGCACAGUUGGAGAGCCAGGAGUCACAUCUGCCCCAUCGUCAUCAUCAUCAUCAUCGUCAUCACCACCAUCACCAUCACUCCUCUCUGUCAGAGUCCAGUAAACAAUCAGAGUCAGAGAGUGAAGAAAUCACCGUUUCAUAAAAACACGAUUGAAAAAAAGACGCAUUCUUUGCACGACAGUUGUCUUCGAGUGUCAGUUUGGCGGGUUGAUGAAAGGUGAAAACCGCAAGUACGUACUUUUGGUGUUUUUGUGAGCAGCCAGCAUUCUAUCAGCGUCUAAUCUCUA